CUCAACAUGUUGGAAUUCUGAUAGAUAUGGGUUUGUUGUUAUAGACACAGACUGAAAUUUAAAUGAAGGAAGAUAUAGAAAAGGUUUCGAUUGCUUUAUUCAGUUAUAAGUAUCUAUUGGUUUACAACUUUCAUUAGUAUAAUUUUAGACAUCAAUAUAUAAACAUGUUUCGGAAAGAACGAGAAACGCUUCAUGAAAUAGCAAAAGCAAGUGAUGCUAUACGCAAGAAACAUCGUAUACUAAUUAUGAGUAUUAUUGAAGAAUUAAUUGAAAUUAAAAUUAUAUAUUAAGUGUGUGUAUAUAAACUUUGAAUCAGUAUUGUGUUGUGUAUUGAUGUAUUCAUAUAUACCUUAAAAUGGAUGACAAAAAGUUAACAGUUGUCACAGAAUUACAUAGACAAGCUAGAAGAAAUUAUCCACGUCGUAAAGUACAAAUGCGUGGUGUGGAUGAAACAUGGCAAGCAGAUUUGGUUCAAAUGAUACCAUAUUCGAAAGUUCGAAUAAGCAAGAAUAAACAUAUUUCUGAAAAAGGAUAUACACCAAACUGGACAACUGAAAUAUUUACCAUCUCUCAAGUUAAAUCAACAAAACCAGUAACAUAUAAGUUGAAAGAUUAUCAGGAUCAACCCAUCGAAGGUGGUUUCUACGAAGAAGAAAUUUCUAAAGUGAAAUAUUCAGAUAUAUAUCUCAUAGAAAAAGUUCUCAAGAAUCGUCGUGAUGAAGUCUUUGUAAAAUGGUUACAACUUGAUUUUGAAGGGUGUCAAAUACAUGGUUCAAAAAUUUCGAAACAAGUUUCAACUUGUCUUUUUCCAAGAUGACAAUAGUAUUGUUUGAAAAUCUUAAAGCAUGUUUCAACCUGAAUCUUGAAUAGAAUAUAGAUAUGGUAUAAAAAACCUUUAGACAGGUUUUAACCUGACUGUAGAUGAAAAUAAAGACAUUUUUAAGAAACCUUCAAACAGGUUUUAACUUGAUUUAAAGAUAGAAAAAAGUUAGAAAUGGUUUAAGAAUUUAU